GCUCCGAUUCAACCCCUGGUCUGGGAACCUCCAUAUGCCCUGGGUGCAGCCCUAGAAAAGGCAAAAAGACAGAGAAAAGGACUAACUAGUGUUAAGUGUAUGAGGGCUCAUUUAGAGAAGCAGAACCACUGGGAGUAUAUAGUCCAUCAAUCUGUCUGUCUGCCUGUCUAUCCAUGUACCUAUCUCAUCUAUAUGUGGAAUUCAUUACAGGGCUUUGGCCUUGCUCAAGUGUGGCAGCUGGUUAAACAGUCUCUGAGAGGUUGUCUUCAUGUCUGGUGGUGGAGCUGAAAAUCCGUAGGGCAGGCAGUGGGGAAGGGAUGAUGGUAAAAAGCGAGGGAAGGGGAGCAAGGAUGAGCUGAAGAACCCCUGCCAGUCCUCUCCACCUCCAGUCUGAUGAAGUGAGUCCCGUGCAAGAGAAGCUUACUGGUGGCCCGUGUCAUGCAGCUGAGCACACGCCUGGCCCAUGAGUGUGAGAAGCUGCAGAGCGAUCUGGGGGAAGGUGCAGCAGUCAUGGGCCCAACUCUGCCCCACAGCAACAGGGCUGCCCGUAGACAGCCGACGCGCCUGUCUCAGCCUCGCAAGCACUGACGCAAACUGGCCGCUGCUGCGCUUUCAUCUCCAGAUUCUGGCGGAAACCUCUCUUGCCCUAACUGGAAACAUACAGGGAUGAGAAUGCUGGACAACGUAGUUCAGCCUGGCUAACCCGACAUGUUACGAUGCCAGAAGCAGCGAAUCCCCGUUUUUGAGAAUGCGUCAGUUAGGUAUGGGCCUCCAUCUAAUCCACAUUUGCCCAAGUUGACCUGUGCUGCGUUUGCUGAGCUGGGAGGUUUUGAGGCUCUCUUUCCUUCGGAUCAGGAAACGUCACUUGCAACAUCUGGAUGGCCUCCGUGUUGUUAUGGUCUAAGGAAGGCUUUCUUAGACUUGAGAUCUUCUAUGCUCUUGACUUCAAGCGCUGAAGACUUUGCUUUUAAUGUGAUUGAGAGAGUGACCUAAUAGCCCUCCUAGAAAAGAGAUCACAGAAGCAAGACACUGAAAGUUGUUUUGUCUGGAAAACCUCUCUGUGGGGCUGGCCCCUUUAAGGCUAAGACUGGAGUGACCCGGUAGCUAAGGAGUCAUAAUGACAAGUUUCAUAGGCAGUUCUCCCUGGAAAUGUAGUUCUCCCCCUCCAAGACCGGAAGUACGGAGAAGCAGAGCCAUCUUCGCCUCAGUUUGGCUGGAGAUGCUGGCUUGGAAAUGGACAUGCUGGAGGACCUUGAGACCCUGUGGUUCGGGUGUGGGAUUCAAGAGGAGGACCACAGUUGGCUCUAUCUGCUGGGCCGUUCUCGUGGGCUGAUGAUCAAAGCCUGUGCCCAUGCAACAUUCUUCUGCAAGCUACUCCGUAAUUUGAGGAAAUCAUUACAGGAGCAGCAAACUUCCAGAUGUUCUGUGCCUGGGAUGCUUGAGGACACUCCUGAUGACGAGGAGUUAAAGGUGGGCAUCGUUGGAGGCGGCCACCUGGGGAAGCAGCUGGCUCACACACUGCUUCGGCUUGUCCCCAUCCCUGCUGAGUGCCUGCGGAUCUCCACUCGGAGGCCAGAGGCCCUGGAUGAGUUCAAGAAGCUGGGGAUCCAGUGCUUUUACUGCAACUCUUCCCUGGUACAGUGGGCCCACGUGGUAUUCCUCUGUUGCCUGCCAUCUCAGCUGCCUAACAUCUGCUCAGAAAUUCAAGCCAGCCUUGGAAAAGCUUGCAUUGUGUACAGCUUUGUAGCUGCCAUCCCAAUACCCAGGUUGAAACUCCUACUGAACCACACCAGUAUCUUGCGGCCCCAGUACCAGUGUGUUGAAGAUCUUGACCGCAUCUGGGGAGCCAAUAAGGAAAUCACAGCUGCUCUCCAAGAUCCUGUGAUUCUUCAGGCUACCUGCCCCUAUAGUCCUGCUGGGGGAGUGAUCCUCAAUCUCAAGUGGUUGGAGGGAGUGUUCUAUGCCGCCAUAAACACCUGCACAGCAAAGGACAUGCCCCACUCACAGGUGCUGCAGCUUCUGAAUGAGCUGUUCCUCUCCGUGCACUUCAAAGCCUAUGGGAAAGACGGAGCAUCUUGCCAGAAAUUUCAAGCACAAGAUUUUGUCAGCAAAGCCUACAUCAAGAACCUGUUUCAGAAAAGGCCUUUCCCCUGGUUUGAUCUGACUGCUGUACAACUCAAGGAAACUCCUUUUAGCAAGUAUCUCUCAAAUAGCACCACAUUCCAGGACCACCUUACCCACCUAUACUGUGAUUCAUUUGGCAUCUCCCUAACCAAAGAAGAACAGUCAGAGGGUUCCACAGGCUCUCCAUUCCAAUAGGAGAAGAUACCUCAGGAAUCAAGAUUUUUUUUUUCUCUCUACAGUAGUUGUGCUCUGAUUAUACCAAUUGACAGUGGAAAUCAUGUCAUUACCUCAGCAUAUUUGGGUUAUCCGGCUUUGAGGAGCAACUGAAUGAAACCACAUAACCGGACACACUUAACAGUAAGCUGCUUCCCCAGGAAAGCCUUGUUAAAUUCACUGUCUUCGAAAACUAAAUUCAAGAAGUUAUAAUGUCAUUAUUAGAUAGUUACAUAAACUCUUGCUGUAGCAUCCUUUUUCUGUAGCAGGAUGAAUAUUCCUGUAACAGUACGUAGCUGACAAGUGAUACAGCUUGAUUUUCCUACCAGUUUGGAUAGGAAAGUAAAAUGUAUGAUAAACAGUCUUAAUUGAA